AUGACCAGUAAAACAAAAUAUCGUAUUCUUAUGUCAAGUAUCGACGCACUCGGACAUGUCAACUGUACACUGGCUUUGGGUGAGAUCCUUGCUUCAUAUGGACAUCAAAUAACAUUCACUAAUCAUGUUCAUUACAAAAAGCUUGCUGAAAAACGAAACUUCAAGUUCAUUCCUUUUGAUGCAAAACUCUAUGAGAAUGUCCAACCUGCCUCAGCACCUGAAUGGCUCGAUCAUUUUUUACAUAAAUUUCGAGCUGAUGCAUUAUCCAUCUUCAAAGACUGGACACCAGAAGAAAUCGAAAUUUUUGGCUCCAUGGUUAAUGUAUAUGAACGCAAUACUAGUGCACUAAAAGCUAUAUUCAAAGAAAAUGCCAAUAAUUUCGACUUGUUCAUUGGUGAUUUUAUUAUGAAGCAACCAGCUUUUCAUGGAGCACCUUUUCCUUGUGCAUUACUUCUCUCGAUGAACCCACUUCCUCUCUAUCCUAAUGGACCACCAGCAUGGUCAGGUUUUUCAGUGAAAGAGACAGAUACCGAAAAAUGGAAUAAGUUCAGAGAGUUGUUUGGUGUAGCUUCAAAAGCUUACCGUGAAAAUAUAUAUUCUUGGUGGAGAUCUAAUGGAUUACCUUUGCCUGCUAUUCAAGAUGCAAGAAUUGAGAAUUGGUUUUAUGGUGAACCUGAACAACUUGGUAUUUAUCAUUAUCCUGAACUUUUAGAUUACCAUGAAAUCGGUCCAAUGAGAUCUGAUAAAUGGAUUCGUUUAGAUUGUGCUAUUCGCAGACCAGAUAAUGUGGAACCAUUCAUUAUCCCUGAAUCAUUGAAGCAUUUACCAGGAAAAUUGGUUUACUUUUCACUGGGUUCCUGUGGGUCCAUUCAAAUAGAUUUGAUGAAAAGUUUCAUUAAAAUCUUGUCGAAAUGUCCUCAUCGUUUCAUCGUCUCUAAAGGGCCUAAAGGAGACGAACUUGAAUUAGGGCCAAACAUGUGGGGUGAAAAUUAUGUCAAUCAAAUAGCUAUUCUCGAUGUUGUUGAUUUGGUUAUAACUCAUGGUGGUAACAAUACAUUUUUGGAAACUAUUUAUGCUGGAAAACCUUUGAUUGUGGUUCCUUUUUUCAUGGAUCAACUUGAUAAUGCUCAGAGAGCUGUUGAUUGUGGAAUUGGUUCUCGAAUCAAUCUUCAUGAAAUUGACGAAGUAAAAGUUUUAAAAAUUAUUGAUGAAACAUUAUCAAACCCAUCAUAUGCUGAAAAGAUAGCCAAAAUAUCUGCUUCUAUGAAAUCACCGAAAAACAGAGAUAAUGUUGUCAAAAAAAUAGAAAAGUUCAUCGAGAAUCAUCAAAAAUAA